AUGGUCGUGCUGUGUGGAUUUGGUAUAUGUAGUACUGAAGGGCAGCUUGGUGGAUUACGGAUCAGUGACACAGUGGUUAUAUCAUGGUACAAGGGUAUGUCGAGGAUCAAGACAUCUGGGAUGAGCAGUGCUUGGUUUGAGAGGCAAAGCUUUAGAGUUGACACAGAGGUGUUGAGCUGCGGAGCACUUUUGGGAAGAGUCUAUGUUAUGGCACGGAGUACAAUAGUGUUGCCAGGCAGGGGCAUAAAAGUACAAGCGUGGCUGUGGCUGGACUGCUGCGUGCUUAUUGGAAGGUGGCAUGUGCGAAUAAUAUGCAAUAAGGUUUUUAAUGAUUUCGCUGAUAAAGAGAAGAGAUCCUUGUCAUUGAAUGAUCUCCAUGCUGCAACCUUGCGGGUUUAUAAUUCUGUGAACAAGCAAUUCCUUAGUCCUCAUAAGGAACCUCCUUCUAUGAUAGAAGUGGCUGAUAAAAUAGAGGCAUGCCGCUCCCAAGGAAUUGAAGCAAUAAAACGGGAAGAGUUCUAUACAUUAAUCAUGGAAUGGAUCAGGAAAGACUUGCACAUUGUUUUUGCAAACAAAAUUUUGGCUGCUUCUUUAGGAUCCCCUGCACUGGCUGCCAUCACAAAAAAUGCUGGGAGGCAACUGCCUCGGAUUAAAGAUGUCAGUGAGAAGAUCCCGACUCCUUUACUGUUCACCAUUUACUUCGUUGGCAUCGUUCUGCUGUAGGCUGUCAGACUAGAAGAAAAGAACUCAUAUUGCUAAAAUGAUUGUAAAAUGUUUGAUAUGUGCUCUCUGAUUAUUAUCUCAUUUCUCUCAGUUUGUUUAUGGUGCAUUACGUCUCUUCAUUGUAUUACCUCUUAAGUAUAAGAAGAUAUGUAGUCCAUGGUCAUUGUGCAGUGGAUGAUCUGUAAAUAUAUCUCAAGUGGGAAAUGGUCAAGCCAGCUUAAUGCUGUUGAUGACAUGCUUAAGACCAAAAUGUAAGAAAACUGUCGAAAACAUUGAAAGAAAAGUGCGGCAGACAUUAU